UACCACUGAGUGGCUGCCUUAGCUUGCUUUGCUGAAUCUUUGCGUAUGAUCACCGUAUAGUGUACGUGAGGAAUUUUAGGUGGAUUCCUCCACGCUAGGUCUGAAGCCGCAAUCGAAUGUCAAUUGCACGAACUACAAAAAUCUUACUAUUCAAGAUGGAAUUGUAGAGGGGGCUCUGCAAAAAGGAAUAGAUGUAGGCUUUGUGACUACUACGAGAAUUACACAUGCCACUCCUGGUUCCCUAUAUGCCAAAGGUAUUAACAGAAAUAUCGAGCAUGAUGGUGACGCGAAUAAAUUUGGAGAACCAGACUGCACUGAUAUCGCGCAGCAACUUCUAUCCUACCCAGCUAACGAAUUCAAGGUAUAA